CUUCCUAUGUCGGGGUACAUCACCGGGUCAUCGUCCUGUAGGGACAAAAAUAAAUAUGCACCGUGACAGACGUUAGAGGAGACUGUAGUGUGUUUGUAUUUGUAUCGCCUUAGUUUUGUUUUGCCUGGGUUUGUGCGCGUCGCUUGUUAGUCUAAACGAAGUCUUUGGCUUUUGUUUGUGAGUAGUUUGUCAUUAACAUGGCACCAACGAUUCAGACACAAGCUCAACGAGAAGACGGACACAGGGCAUCCUCCCACAGAACUGUCCCUGAGAGGUCAGGAGUGGUCUGUCGAGUGAAGUAUUGCAACAGCCUUCCUGACAUCCCCUUUGACCCCAAGUUCAUCACAUAUCCAUUUGAUCAGCACAGGUUUGUACAGUAUAAAGCCACAUCUCUGGAGAAGCAGCACAAGCAUGAGCUCCUCACUGAACCAGACCUUGGUGUCACCAUUGAUCUCAUCAACCCAGACACAUACCGUAUAGAUCCUAGCAUACUGUUGGACCCAGCUGAUGAAAAAUUGUUGGAAGAGGACAUCCAGGCUCCAUCCAGUUCAAAGAGGUCACAGCAACAUGCCAAAGUGGUCCCAUGGAUGAGAAAGACAGAAUAUAUUUCAACAGAGUUUAACAGAUAUGGCGUUUCCAAUGAGAAAGUGGAAGUCAAGAUUGGAGUGUCUGUCAAACAACAAUUCACAGAAGAAGACAUCUACAAGGACAGAGACAGUCAAAUUUCUGCUAUUGAGAAGACAUUUGAGGAUGCACAGAAAUCAAUAUCGCAGCACUACAGUAAACCCAGAGUCGCUCCUGUGGAGAUUCUUCCUGUCUUCCCUGACUUCAAGAUGUGGAUAAACCCAUGUGCUCAGGUCAUCUUUGACUCUGAUCCUGCACCUAAGGAUAUAUCAGGGCCAGCAGGAGUGGAAAUGAUGUCUCAGGCUAUGAUCAGAGGUAUGAUGGAUGAGGAAGGAAAUCAGUUUGUGGCCUAUUUCCUGCCCAAUGAAGAAACGCUUCGCAAGCGUAAGAGAGAUGUGGAUGAGGGUCUGGAUUACAUGCCUGAAGAUCUGUACGAUUACAAGAUAGCCAGGGAGUAUAACUGGAAUGUGAAGAACAAAGCCAGCAAGGGCUACGAAGAGAACUACUUCUUUAUCUUCAGAGAUGGCGAUGGGGUUUAUUACAAUGAGCUUGAGACAAGAGUGCGUCUGAGCAAGAGAAGAGCCAAGGCCGGAGCACAGUCAACCACAAACGCUGUGUUGGUGUGUAAGCACAGAGAUAUGAAUGAGAAGGAGCUUGAAGCCCAGGAAGCACGUAAAGCUCAGCUUGAGAACCAUGAGCCAGAAGAUGAAGAGGAAGACAUGGAUAAAGACAUGCAGGACUCUGGCGAUGACAAAGAGAAGGACAGCGGCAGUGAGGCAGAAAACUCUGGCAGUGAAUCAGAGAGGGACGAUGAAGACCAGGAGCAAAGGGCAGAAGACGACGACGAAGAUGAGGACCGAGACAAGAGGAGGAGGAAACCCAGUGGCAGUGGAAGCGAAAGCGGCGAGGAGAGGACCAGGGAAAUGCGAGACGAGGAAGAGAUCUUUGGCAGUGACGACGACAGCGACGACAACGAGCCCAAGAACUCGGCCCGGAGCAGCGGCGACGAGGGCAGCGGAAGUGAGGAUGAAGGAGGGAACAGAGGAGGCAGCAGGAGCCGUAGCGCCUCUCCAGCACACAGUGACCGCAGCAGUGACCACUCGGAGGCCCAAGCUCAGAGUGGGAGCGGAAGUGACAGAGGCUCUGACUCAAGUGACGCCAGUGACAGCGAAUGAGAUCUGUUGUUCAAACAGCCAGACCAACUGUCACAUGUGCGUUCAGUGUUACCUUGUCACGUGUCACAGUCGCCUAAUCUGGAGCAGUAGAUGCAAAUACCAGAUUCCAUUUGUUUGUGUUGUACUCGUAGCGUUUGGGCUGGGAAUAUCUCCUAAAAUGCCUUUUUUAAAUUUGUAGAUUCCGCUCACAGGCUCCCACUAUUGUUUUAUUCACCUUUUUCUUGCCAGAAAGUCGGUACUGGAUUAUGUCAUUAUGUUGCUGCUGUAAAACCAAUAAUACAUUGCAGAUGACAUUUUGUAAGAAACUUUACAUCACAGUUUGUUCCUUUCCAAGUAUCUGUAACUGCUUGUUUUCAGCCACAUUAUUGUAAGACUGCCUGUGCUCUAUUACAACAUUAUUAAAUAAUUGAUUUGUUUAGUUGA